GGGUUGGCAGCCCUGGCAGUGUGUACAUUACCAGGUCCCCGGGCAGGGUUGGCAGCCCUAGCAGUGUUUACAUUACCAGGUCCCCGAGCCGGGUGGCCUCAGUAGUGCACAAGUCGUGGAAGGGUGAGGUGUUGCUCCUCUUCAGGGAAACCUCUCUCGCUGGACCACAUUAAACAGGAAGAAAUAUUCCAUCAACGUCUUCCAAGUCAUCGUGAAGAACAGGAAGCACAAUACUUUAGUGAACUGCAGCUUUAAAUCAAAUUAAACCUUCCUACAAGUAGCAUUUUGAGACCAAAAUAGGAAUACUGACACACGUAGAGUUAAAGGAAGGUCGUGGAGUACACUGAGUGAGAUUACUCACCAGAAUGAGUACAAUUUUUUUUUUUUUUUGUACAAUGUUGCAGAUGAGUGUAGUGAGUGGGAGCAGACCCAGCCACACUGCCUCUCUUAUAUUCCUGCACGGCUCAGGUGGCACUGGUCCUAUGGCAAAAGAAGGAAUAAAGAUGAUAUAUGGCAAAAACUUCAUUUUUCCGCAUAUCCGCAUCUUGUACCCAACUGCUCCGCUGAUACCCUAUACCCCAUCGGCUGGUUGCCUACGGCACGUUUGGUUUAAUAGACACAGUAUAUCACUUGCUGCUCCAGAAGACCUAACAACUAUUGAACCAAUUGCUGAGGAAAUUAACAAACUCAUUGACAAAGAAGUUAAAGAAGGAAUUGAUGUCAAGAGAAUUAUUUUGGGAGGAUUUUCUAUGGGGUCAAGUUUGGCAAUGCAGAUGGGAUAUCGGUUCCGCAGAGAUAUUGGAGGCGUGUUUGUGUUGUCGUCAUUUUUGAACCAGUAUUCCAAGGUGUAUGAGGUCCUGGAUUCUUCGUUAGAUAGUGAUCAUCCCCCGUUGUUCAUGUGUCAUGGAGAAAAGGAUGAUGUUGUGCCUUACACUUGGGGUGAACGCACCUUCGAAGAACUACGGAAGCGAGGAGUAAAAGGAGAAUUUCAUUCAUUCUCCAAUUUGUACCAUAAUAUAAGCAAAGAAGAAUUGGUCAUGUUAAAAGAGUGGAUUCUCAAACAACUUCCGGAUGAUUAAAAAUAUUAAGACAAAA